CGGUGACCUAGUGCGAGCCCACGCUGCACGACCACCUGCGGCGGCUGCAGUCGACUGGGAGGGGUGGCUGCGAGACCACCUUGCGCCGUCAGACGGCCGUCGCCGGCGCCGUGGGCCCACGCUCGCCGCGCUGCAGAGCCUUGUCGGCGACAUCCCGCCAUCAUGGUGGAGUGCAGCGCAGGCUCACGCCGCACAGCUGGCGAGCCCUGGCCCAGCGCCUGUCCCGGCACCGUCCACCAGUGAGGUCGUCCGCACCACCAUCAUGCCGCGCAUGGGCUGGAAGCUCUCUGGCUCUGAGACCCUCAAAGUCCCCCUAGCGAAGCUGUCCGUCCGCAUGGCCACAUCCAUGCAGCUGGACGAUGUGGCCACGCGGCGGGCGGACCUACACGAGGAUUACGAGCGCGCGGCACAGGGCCUGCCGCCGCGCGCUGUGGUGCGGCGGGAGGACCUGCCAGCAGCUGCGGCUGCAACGCUUGGCGCCAUUAGGGACACCCUGGCGCGCCUUUGGCAGAAGGUACGCUGGGAACGGCGGCACUUUGAGACGCUGUGGCGGUUGGCCAUCGACGCAGUGCCGCUGCCGGGAAACUCGCAUAUGCCGUUGGCUCGCCGUGAGCCAUGCGGCUGUGGGCAGCACGGCCAUGGGGGCGCCGCGGCGGAGGCACACGCCGCCGCCGCGCCGCCACGGCAGCACCACUUUUGGGAUUGCGCGGUGGCGAAGGCCGUGGUGGCGCAGAUCAACGCGCACAACCCCGGUCCGUCUCCCACCAGCCAAGCCCAGCUGUGGCUGGUCCAGGCGCCGCCGGGUUUUCAGCAGUGUGUUUGGGACGUGGUGGUGAUGGCGGCGAUGGCCGCCACAGAACAUGGCCGGGUGCGGCUGCGCGGGAUGACGCGCGCCGCAGCGGCCCUGGGAAUUCAGACGGCGGCGGCAGCAGCUCCCGAGGCUGCGGUGGCAGGUGCAGUGGAGGCGGAACCCGAUCUUGACGAGAUCCCGCCCACACAGCUGACGCCGCCGCAGCCAGGCGUCAACCCCGUCGAGCUUGCGUGCGCUCGCGCAGUCGCGGACUUCUGGUCGCGGCUGAUGCAGUUCGCGCAGCUCGGCGUGCCCCAAAAGGGCUGGGAUGGUGUUGACGCCACUCACCCCAUCCUGGCGGUGGUGAACGGUGAAAUGCUGUGCGCGAUGCCGCAAGCUAUGGAGCUGGAGGCUUGAAAGGGAUCAGCCCUUAGGAGAAGCGCGUGAGCACUAACAUGAGCCACUGAAGCAGUGGCAUACGAGAGGGUCAGCGGGGGAGCUUAGUGGGCAGGCGAAGGGUUUUUGGGCUGAGCCCCCCCAGCGCAGCGUUCCAGGGGGGGGCGAAGCCCCCCAGGAACACCCCUGUCCGUGCGUGCGUGCGUGGUGUCGGCAAAACAUAGCAUACUGGCGCAAACCGCGACUGCUGCGUAUUAGUAUUUGUUAAUGCCUAUUGCAUGUAAAUAGGUGGCAGGGAAAAUUCGGGCGGAGCGAGAAGUGCCUUCGCGCGUCCAUGGACAAUUGACUUUCGCGAGGUCGCGAGGAAAGCAUCCGGUGCCCGCUGAUAUGCAGUCUCUAAGGCAAACUAUGUUGGCGGCAAGCAAAGCGGGGAAGUAUAUCGAAAAUUUUGAGCGACUUGCCGAGCCAUGCCUGCCGACGCGCCAGGAUGCCGAGAAGCCCCGAGGUCGCCCCCGCCCCGCGCCUAGCCCUUUGAGCGUGGGGCGCCGGGGAGGUGUUGAUUAUGGCAGGAGGCGAAAGAAAUGCUUGGGGUGUUUGGGAACGGGACAAGGCACGCAUGCGUGGCGCGGGAAAUCCCGCACGGCCCUAGCCGAUGCGCCUGCGCGUCGUAGCGGCAUGGAGGCUCUGACGGGGCGUUACACGCCUAAUAGCUCCCAAGCGUACGGGGGCUCAGCCCAUUUUCCAGCUGUACAAAGCUGACACCCCUUGUUUGUUUUACGCCCGUGGGAGCAGGGCCAGGUUUGUGGGGUUUUAUGCCUGAGAGGGUGUGUUGGGUGCUGCAACACCCCGGGCCUUUACGGCCUGGAUCGGCCUAGUGGCCAGACGCGUUUGUGGCUGCCCUUAGGCAUAGUCUGCCCUGGCGUCGAGAGCUGGUUAGGUUGCGGUUGAGGUCGUGCAGGCUGCGGGGUCGCAGGACUCAGCCCCACAGCCACUGUGGUCGUGCUAUCGCGUGCUGUCGUGUGCUGCGUGCUGCGUGUUUUGUUAUGUUUGCUGUUUUUUUUGUUUUCUGCCCGCCUGGUCUUAAGAUGUAGCUCGCCCGCUGGGUCUGAGGUUGUUACACCGGUAGUAAUUCCGCAAGGGUUACUGGCGCGGUGAAGGGUCGGAGUGUGGUACCCUGUGGACUCCAGAGCUGUUUGCGCUCUGCCGGGGAAACGCCAGGUCACGGCAGCCCUCGUUUGAGAGCCCUGUCGUUGGUUAUACCAGAUACACG